AUGCACGCGAUGCCCUCCUUGCCCAUCUCAUCGUUCCUGCCUUGCCAACGUCUCUGCUACUCUAAAGGAAGCAGCAGGAGGAUCGGCACCACCGGUAAAUACAGUAAACGCAUCACCCAGGAGUUGUCUCAAGGAGCAUCUCAAGCCAUGUUGUAUGCUACCGGCAUGAAGGAGGAGGACAUGAGCAAGGCUCAAGUCGGCAUCGCCAGCGUGUGGUGGGAAGGAAACCCCUGCAACAUGCACUUGCUGGACCUCGCGGCGGCGGUGAAGGUUGGAGUGCACGAGGCGGGCAUGCAGGGGAUGCGAUUCAACACCAUAGGAGUGUCGGACGCCAUCUCGAUGGGCACAGACGGCAUGUCCUACUCCCUCCAGUCUCGGGACAUCAUCGCCGACUCGAUCGAGACCGUCAUGGGAGCACAUUUCUACGACGCCAACAUCUCAAUCCCUGGUUGCGACAAGAACAUGCCUGGAACGAUCAUCGCCAUGGCAAGGCUCGAUCGCCCGUCGCUCAUGCUGUACGGAGGAACCAUCCGAGCCGGAGGAGCUCCUUCCAUCGGUCGGCCAGUGCUGGACGUGAUCGCAGCAUACGAGUCUUAUGGGGAGUUGGCGUACGGAAAGAUCAACUUGGAGGAGAGGAACAAGAUCGUCCAGAGCUGCUGUCCUGGACCUGGAGCAUGCGGAGGCAUGUACACGGCGAACACGAUGGCAACAGCGAUAGAGGCGAUGGGAAUGUCGCUGCCUUACUCUUCCUCAUCACCAGCUGACUCGGAGGAGAAGAUGAAGGAGUGCAGAGAUGCGGGAAAGGCAAUCCGAACAUUGUUGGAGAAAGACAUCAAGCCGUCGAUGAUCAUGACUGAAGCUGCUUUCCGCAACGCCAUGGUGAUGGUGAUGGUGACGGGAGGGAGCACGAACGCUGUGCUGCAUCUCAUCGCAAUGGCACGCGCAGUGGGGGUGAAGCUGACCAUCGAUGACUUCCAGAAGGUGAGCGAUUCGACACCCUUCCUUGCGGACAUGAAGCCGUCGGGGAAGCAUGUGAUGGAGGACCUGCACAAGGUGGGAGGGACGCCGGCGCUGAUGAAGUACCUGGUGGAGAAGCACCUCAUCGAUGACAGCCAGCUCACGGUGACGGGGAAGAGCAUCGGAGAGAACCUGCACGGGCUCCCCUCCCUCCUCAAGGACCAGAAGGUGAUCUUUCCAGUCGAGCAGCCGAUCAAGAAGUCCGGACAUCUCCAGAUCCUCUACGGCAACAUCGCACCGGAGGGGGCAGUAGCCAAGAUCACAGGGAAGGAGGGGGAGAUGUUCGAGGGGGAGGCCAUCGUCUUCGACUCCGAAGAGGAGAUGCUCUCCGCCCUCUCCCGCAAGGAGAUCCGGCCCGGCAUGGUGGUCGUGAUCAGGUACGAGGGGCCCCAGGGAGGGCCUGGCAUGCCGGAGAUGCUGACUCCGACCUCCGCCAUCAUCGGGGCCGGGCUGAGCAAGUCUGUCGCCCUGCUCACCGAUGGAAGGUUCUCAGGAGCGACCCACGGCUUCUGCAUCGGGCAUGUGACACCGGAGGCCCAGCGGGGAGGAGCGAUCGCGCUGAUCAGGGACGGAGACAGGAUCAGGAUUGAUGCUCGUCCCCAGAGGAGGUCCAUCGACGUGCUCCUGUCCCCCGAGAUUCUGGAGGAGAGGAGGAAGGCGUGGAAAGCCCCUCCUCUCAAGGCGAGCAGAGGAACGCUGUACAAGUACAUCAAGUGCGUAUCGUCUGCGUCAACGGGCUGCAUCACCGACGAAUGA